GACAGUCUCGUCAAAAUCUCGCAUUCCAAUGUAAUGGCGUCGAAGUAAGGCAGAUGUGCCAGGGUACAACUGAAAAAGCAAUUUUAAAGAUUAUAUCUAGAGGAACAGAAAUAAAGCCAUAAUGUUUGUCUACUUAAGCAAGAAGAUUGCUAUUCCAAACAAUACCAAGCUUCGGUAUGUGUCAUGGAAUAGAGAACAGGGGUAUAUUGCUUGUGGUGGAGAAGAAGGUCUACUCAAAGUACUUAGGUUGGAAACCCAAACAGGAAAAGAUGUGAAAGUGAAAGGAUUAGCAGCUCCAAGUAAUUUGUCCAUGAAUCAGACACUAGAAGGACAUAGUGGAGCAGUGCAAGUUGUAACUUGGAAUGAACAUUACCAGAAACUGACAACAAGUGAUCAAUAUGGGCUUAUCAUUGUGUGGAUGCUAUACAAAGGUUCUUGGUACGAAGAGAUGAUCAACAACAGGAACAAAUCGGUGGUCCGCAGUAUGGCCUGGAACGCCGACGGACAGAAAAUCUGCAUUGUGUACGAAGAUGGUUGUGUCAUCGUUGGUUCUGUGGAUGGCAACAGGAUUUGGGGGAAAGAACUUCGAGGACAACAACUUGCUCAUGUGGUGUGGUCUCCUGAUGGAAAAAUCAUCUUAUUUGGAAUGACGAAUGGAGAAGUUCAUUCUUAUGACAAUAUGGGAAAUUUUAUUUCCAAGUUAAACAUAUACUGCCUAUCUGGAGUGAGUGGAGCCAUCCAUAUCGCUGGGAUCGCCUGGUACAAUGGUCUGAAUGGCUACCUGGAACCCAACUGUCCCAGUCUGGCUAUUUGCUUUGAAUCCGGCCGCUGUCAGAUUAUGAAGAAUGAAAUUGACGAAAAUCCCAUUCUUAUUGAUACUGGAAUGAUGGUGGCCCAGAUUCAGUGGAACCAUAGUGGCUCAGUAUUGGCUGUGGCAGGCUCACAGAGGGCACUGGGUCAAGAAAAAGAGGUCAAUGUGGUCCAAUUUUACAACCCGUUUGGAGAGCACUUGAGAACUCUGAAGGUACCGGGUAAACAGAUGUACAGCUGUUCAUGGGAGGGAGGCAGUCUGAGAAUAGCCCUAGCUGUAGACAGCUUCAUAUACUUCGCCAACAUCAGACCUGAUUACAAGUGGGGAUUUUGCUCCAACACUGUCGUGUAUUCCUUUACCAAACCUGAGAGGGUAGAGCACUGUGUAAUAUUCUGGGACACAAAGAAUGGAGAGAAAUAUGUGAAGUAUGUGAGGAAUCUCAUUGCCAUCACAGCCUGUGGUGAUUACUGUUGCUUGGCAACCAAAGCAGAUGAAACUACUGGACAGUUUGUAUUAGUUCUCUGCAAUUCCAUCGGGACACCCCUGGACUCCAAGUAUGUAGAAAUCGACCCAGUGUAUCUGACCAUGACCAAGACCCACAUUAUGUGUGCCUCCAAGGAAGCUCUGUACACCUGGCAGUUCAAGAAUCCUAAAAAGCUGGCCACCCUGGACAUGCCUGGGCGUCGCCGGGCAGGGACCGAAAGACUCUACCAUAUAGAUGAUCAGCCUACUGGUGCAACAGCUACAGAGGAGGUAGACUUCAGCAAAGCAUUCAAUAGGUUUCACCUUCGGAACAAGGGAACAGAAGACCCUGUGUGUGCCAUUUGUGCUUCUGACAAAGUUUUGAUUGUGGGGAGGGAAUCUGGUACCAUCAAUAGAUACUCCAUGCCUAUGCUGUCCUUGACCCACAAGUAUGCCAUCGGAUGUCGACCGCAUCAGCUGUCUCUUAACUGUACCUCCAGUCGACUAGCCAUUAUUGACAUCAGUGGGGUCUUGACCUUUUUUGACCUUGACACAAGAAUCACUGACCAGGAUGGGAAAGAGAUAGUUGGAGAGCAGCUGAAGUUUGAGAGAAAGGAUGUUUGGGAUAUGAGAUGGGCCGAGGAUAAUCCUGAGCUGUUUGCCAUGACAGAGAAGACCAGAAUGUAUAUUUUCAGAAAUCUGGACCCUGAGGAACCCAUCUUGAGCAGUGGAUAUAUCUGCCAGUUCAAUGACCUUCAGAUCAAAUCAGUGUUGUUGGAUGAGAUCAUGAAAGACCCAGAAAAUCCUACCAAAGACAACAUGGCAGAAAUGGAAAUCAAGUCUCUAAGAGAUACCCGGGAUUUGUUGGAGAAAGUUGGAAUCAAUGAUGCCCAGCAGUUCAUUGAGGACAAUCCACAUCCCAGACUCUGGAGACUGUUAGCUGAAUCUGCUUUAGAGCAGCUGAAUCUUAAAGUAGCUGAACAGGCAUUCGUGAGAUGUAAAGAUUACCAGGGAAUUGAGUUUGUUAAAAGACUUGGAAAUUUACAGAAUGAGAACAUGAAGAAAGCUGAGGUGUGUGCCUACUUCAGAAGGUUUGAGGAGGCUGAGAGGAAGUACCUGGAUAUGGACCGAAGAGACCUGGCUGUCAGCCUCAGGAAGAAGCUAGGUGACUGGUUCCGUGUGGUACAGCUGUUAAAGACUGGGUCCGGCGGGGAUGAUGUUCAGCUAGAGGAGGCCUGGAACGCGAUCGGGGACUACUAUGCUGACCGCCAGAAAUGGCAGCAAGCAGUGACCUAUUAUGUACAGGGCAGGAAUCAGGAGAGACUGGCGGAGUGCUACUACACCCUAGAAGACUACGGGGGCCUGGAGAAGAUGGUGCAGGCCCUCCCCGAGAACCACAAGCUUCUACCAGAGAUCGGACACAUGUUUGUUACUGUGGGGAUGUGUGAACAAGCUGUGGCUGCCUUCACAAGGUGUAACCACAUAAAGAAAGCCAUAGACAGCUGUGUGGACCUGAACCAAUGGAAUACAGCCAUAGAGCUGGCCAAGACCCACAAUGUGAGGGAGAUAGACUCACUGCUAGCCAAGUAUGCCUCUCAUCUACUGGAGAAGAACAAGAUAGUCAGUGCUAUAGAGCUGUACCGUAAAGCAGGACACUUCCUGAACGCUGCCAAACUUCUUUUUAAGUUGGCUAAUGAACAAGCCAAGAAGAAGGCUAGACCUGUGCUGAUUAAGAAAAUGUUUGUCCUUGGAGGUCUUUUGAUUGAACAGUAUCACGAACAGAUGAAAAUGACCUCCAGGUCAAAAGUCAAGGAUAAAAGAAUGGCUGCCUCAGCCCUAGCUGGCUUCCUGGAGGAGGAUGCUACAGCCAUCAGUGACAGUAAACUCCUGGACAAUGCCUGGAGAGGAGCGGAGGCCUACCACUUCUACCUGCUGGCCCAGAGACAGCUCAAUGAAGGUUACGUGGAGGCAUCAAUGAGAACCUGUUUGUUCCUGAGAGACUAUGAAGACAUUAUUGAUCCGUGUGACAUUUACUCUCUCUUAGCUUUGGCAGCCUCUGCUUGUAAAGCAUUUGGGACCUGCUCCAAAGCCUUCAUCAAGCUAGAGACCCUGGAAUCUCUCACUCCAGAACAGAGGUUGUCGUAUGAGGAGCUUGCAUUAGAGAUAUUCACAAAACAUGGUCCCCGUGACAGCCGUAAUAACAAAGUGGAAUGCUCCAGUUGUGCCACCAGCAUUCCAGACUCGUCCUUCUCCUGUCCAAACUGUGAUACCAAGUUCCCUGCCUGCAUCGUGACGGGUCGACCCCUGAUGGAGUACCAAUUCUGGAUGUGCAGUGCGUGUAAACACCGAGCAUUCGAGUCGGAGAUCUCUCAUCGUCAAACCUGUCCCCUGUGUCACACACCUGUGUAGUCACACCACCUGUCCUCAAAAUGGACACUCCUAUUUAUGUUUAAUUUAAUGUUGAUAGACUGUUGAGUGUGAUCUGUCCAACUUCCGUCCAAAUCGUGACUGUACUUUUAGAUUGUGAUGAUAAAUAAUAAAGAAAUAAACCUAUUUAUUUCUAAUA